AUGGCCGACCUCCGGUCCCUCGUCUCCGAGCUCCAUAACGCUCUUAACCAGAAACAGCCCGAUGCUGCCAACAACCUCAUGAGCCGCGCAAAGCGGACUCUUCUGCUCCAGAACGCCCUGAUCCCCACCCCGUCGACAUCGCCCGAGCUGAUUGCUCUUGCGCGUGAGAUCCUGGAGCUCGGCGCUCUGGCGUCCAUCCGGCAAACCGACGCACCCACCUUCACGAGAUACUACCAACAGCUCCAGCCCUUCUACGACCUGGAACGGGACAGCUCGAACUCCGGCAAUGUGGAUUUUAAGACCAGCCAGCGCAGCAAAAUCACGGGACUGUAUAUGCUGCUCUUGUUGAGCAUGGGUGACAGCACCACCUUCCACACCGUCUUGGAAGGCCUGGUUGAGGAGGCGAGCUUGAAGGGUCACAGCGUUGAAGAUGACCCCUACAUCAAAUACCCCGUGGAGCUGGAGAGAAAUUUGAUGGAGGGUAGCUACGAUAAGGUGUGGCGGGAGACGAACUCGGAGCGAGUGCCUUCGGAGGACUUUGCUUUGUUCUCGAAUGUCCUGGUCGGUACCAUCCGCAGCGAAAUUGCAGACUGCUCCGAGAAGGCGUACCCUUCACUCCCGAUUUCCAACGCCAAGAACCUGUUGUUUCUCGAGUCGGAGGGGGCUGUGAUCGAGUUCGCCCAGCAGCGCGGAUGGGUGCUUCGUGAUGGACGGAUAUACUUCCCGGUCGAGCCCGAGGCCGCUGCUCGUUCGGAGAAGGACAUUCUGGUGGCCAGCGGAACCAUCAUCGAGAAUGCCAUUGGCUACGCCCGAGAACUAGAGACGAUUGUUUGA